UAAAAAUAUUCAAGCAUACAUGUGAAGAUCAAAAUACAAAACAUGUGUUGUGAAUCAUGACUAUCUAGUAGGAUAGGAUCAGAUAGAAUUAAUUCUAAUAACUGAAGCACUUUGAAAUAUACAGUGUUAUAUACAUUUAUAAAAAUGAGCAGUGAAAACAGCAGCGAUGAAGAAAUAUUUAAGAACGAUAAAAGUCGGACAGAAAUUCGGACAGAACUUUCAAAAAUGAGUUUUGCGGACUUGCAGAAUUUGAAAGAAAAAUUAGGUUCUAAAAUUUAUAAUGAAGCUAUGUUUGGAGCAAAAAAAAUUAAGAAAACUAUUUUCAAACGAGAAAACAAGAACAGACCACGAGAAGUUUCUUCCAAAAAGCGAUGGUCUAAAUUUAAAGAAGUCAUUCCUGUAAAAAAAAAUAUCCCAAGAGAUCCUAGAUUUGAUAGUCUUUGCGGUACUUAUAAUGAAAAGGCUUUUAAAAACGCAUAUAGCUUUCUCACAGAAGUUAAAAAAAAUGAUUUAGCUGCACUAAAGGAAGAGCUGAAUAAAAAUGCCGAGGAUCCUAAAGCUGUUAAAAAAAUUAAAUAUCUCAUUCAAAGAUUAGAAAAUCAAAUAAGAGAAGAAGGAAGAAGAAAGGAGGCAGAUGAAAAGAAACAAUUGGAGAAACGAGAAAUAAUUGAAACCAUUAAAAGUGGUGAAAAGCCUAAGUUCAAAAGAAAAUCUGAAAUAAAACUUUUAAAUCUAGUAUCCCAAUUUGACGAUUUAAAGAACUCUGGAAAACUCAAGAAGCACAUUAAGAGGCUGCGUAAAAAAAAUGCAAGCAAAGAGAGGAGAUUAUUAGAGGAAUCCACUUCAGACUGAUUUAUUGUGUUUCAUAAAUGUUAGAAAUAAUAAAUACUUCUUAAUUUUAUUGUUUUAAAUAAUGUUAUUUUUACUUUUGUGUAUUCAGAUGUACAAUAAUACCUAUUAUUGUUUUUACAGCCUCUUAUUGCUACAUUAUUAAAGACACACGUAAUUUUAUAAUUCUGUCGAUGAAAUCUAAAUGAGGAACUCCAAAAACACAUCUAUAAUUUUUUUAACCCACAAAUUUUUGAAUCCGCAAUUGUAAAUUUGUAAUUUUAUUAUGAUAAAAAAAUCUUAACCACACGGAAAAAACUUUUACAUAGUUGAUAAUUUUAAUUUGACUAUAAUUUUGUUAUCGGAUUUCAAUAUUCAAAUCAUCUGCAUAUAUAAAGUAUUUAAUGCUAAUUAAAUAUGAAUAUUAUAUUUUAUCAUAAUUUAAAACGGACAGAAGGACGCGUUUUAUUCUGUUUUACUUGAAGAUUAAAAAUAAAACAAUAUGUGAAAAUUAUUCGUUUUUUCUUGAAUAUAUAUUUUUUUUAACAUAAUGUGAUUCCAAUUUAAAAGGAUUGCAACAGCAGUGGAAAAAUUGUGUUGAAGUCAUCGAGUGUAAAUAAUAAAAAAUUUUCAAAUUUU